GCUACCUCUUUCUUCUCUCUACUGGUUUCCAAAAUCCGAAGUGAUUUGGGGAAGUAAAGGAGCAAUCUCCCCAAACAGUCGGCCCGAUUUAAGCGGGGAGUGGGAAGCAAAAAAUAAAUUAAAACGAGAAAGAAUGUGGAUUUUAAAAUUGCUGAAGAAAAAAAGGAGGGUAAACCCUGGGUAAAUGAAUAUCAAAUUCCAGUGCGGAGCCCCCUGGCUGGUGACCCCGCCGGUUCGUCCGCCUCGCCGCUGCGCCUCCCGACCCAGCGCCGCUGCCGCCGGUUCCACUCGCCCCCUGCACCGCGGCCUCCUCGCAGCCCGGCUGCCCCAAGCCUCUGCGCUCCUUACCACUAGCGGCCGCUUAAAAUAAGGCUGCUGCAGGGCAGGGAGCAUCCGGACCGACUGAACACCCAAAGAAGCCCAAGCGUACAGAAGGACCCGAGGUCACCUAGCAGCAAGGAGGGUGGGGCAUGGAGCGGAGAGCGGCCCAGACAGAGGUCAUGCUGGGUCCCCUCCAAGGGCAUCCUCAGCCCCAUUCAGAGGCCUCAGGACUGGGGCCACCUCAGCUUAUGGCUCUGAAGCAGUUCCGCAGGAGCCAAGGAGGAAGGGGAAGCUGUUCCAGGACUCCUCCCCUCAGAGGCCUGUCUUCUCCUGCCUCUACUUCCCAGAAGCGCCACCCUGGAGUGCCAGUGACCCCCACAUGCCCAUUGACCGCUCAAUCAGGAUGCAGACAGAGCCUGCCAGAGCCACACACUCAGAAUCCCCGCUCCCAGCUGUGGUCCUUGAAGCCAAAGCUGUCCCUCCUGCCCAUCUCACACCUCGUAUGCCUGCAGAUGAAGAAAGGCCUGGAGUGGUGAUGCAGCCAAAGCAAGACCCAGAGAACAUCAUUUACUAGGCACGUGCAUGGGCAGCCACUGCUUUUCCCAGCAGAGCCUGAGGAAUGACUGUGUGACACUUUCUGGUCGCACACUUUGCAUGACCUCCCUGUGCCUCAGUUUCCCCUUUCUAAAAUGGAGAAAGUAGUACA